AUGGAAGGGAAACAAAGUCGCCUCUCUCUCUUCCACCACCAACCCCUUCUUCCUCUUUCUCUAAUUGGAGGCUCAAUCACUGGAAUCUCCAAACACCUUCCUCUUCUAACCAUCGCCGUGUUCUCUAUCACUGCUUUGACUCGUGGCACCCCGCACUCCCACUCUCACGCGCUGCAAAUUCGCCAACGUCUCCGUCGCUUAAACCAAAUUCGACAAACAAUUCGCGCCCACGCCGUCUCAGUUUCUCCGCCACCCGCUCGCGGUGGUCGCAUUGAUCCCCAAAGACGCCGACCUGUUCCUCGCCGACACCGCCGCCAAAAACGUCACCGCCCCCUCGACUGCAUCAAGCUACUCAUGCAUACUCACGACGUGCUAGUUGGGCAAGAAAGUGCGAAGAAGGCGAUUGGUCUCAUUGAGGCAUGA